AUGUUACCCUGGAUCGCUUUCUUCAUUUUAGCAUUGGGAACCGCCGGAGCCGUUGAAAAUUUCGUCGAUGUGAAAAAGCGUACUGAUGGAGUUUAUCUUGUUGCAGAAAAUGUGGUUCCAUCUGUUCGAAAAUUGACUCAAGAUGAAAUGAGGAUGAGUCGAGAGGCUGGUUACAGCUGUGGCCAAUACGUCAAGGAAGACUCACCCUUUUACCGCAUGUCACAGUUCAAGAGACCCAACCCAGAAGCCCAGGAACUCUCACGAAAGGCCGUUCGGAUGUUGGAAGCUACUCGAUACCUUAGAGCUCAAAUGAGCUUGACGAACGAAGAAGGUGGCACUGGUCUUCUUCAAGCCACAUCCAGAUUCACCGUUAUUAAUGAUAUCUGCCUAACUGCUACAACGUGCCCCAGCAGUCCAUCCAAGUAUCGAAUCUCCACGUGUGGCCAGCGACGGUUCACGGGUUCAGCAUUGCCUAGUGCUCGUCUUGUCAGUGUCAGAGUCCUUGGAGAAGCCGAAAAACCAACUGAUGCCACAGCUCUAGCCCUGAUGCAGUUUGGACAACUAAUUAAUCACGAUUUUCAAUCGUCAACUACUUUCACCUUCUCAAACGGGACGGACAUUAUUUGCUGUACGUCUGCUGGUGGUUCUUUAGACGCUUCCCAGCUACAUUCGGCCUGUCUACCCAUUUCCGUCGCACUCAAUGACAAUAAAUUCUUUAAUCCCAAAAACGCAACUACCAAAAUUACCUGCAUGAAUUUUGUCCGAUCAAUUGCUGGGCCACGAUUGGACUGCAGUCUUGGAUACGCUGACCAGUGUUUAAACACAAGCUUAAUCAAAACACGCACUGGUUGGAUGGAUCUACGAUUUUACGGGUCGAAUAGUGCAACUUUGGCCACGCUUCGUCAAUACACCGGUGGUCUUCUAAAGCAUCGCGAACAUAACCGGGUCGUCAAGGCUUUAUCUGCUCUUAAUCCUACCUGGAGCGACGAAACCAUCUUUCAAGAAGCCAGACGAAUUGUGGUUGCUGAAAUGCAGCACAUUGCCUACGAUGAAUUUAUUCCCGCUUUACCAUGUCCGGGAAUCAUUGCCAAGUACAGCCUUGCUCCUUUGGCAUCCGGUUUCUUUACCAAUUACACCGGUUUGACGAAUGGCCCAAUCAGUAACGAAUUUGCCACAGCAGGAUUUCGCGUCGGACAUUCUCUCGUUCAAGAAACCGUCAAAGCGGCCAACGCUACUUGGGGUUUCGAUCUCAAUUGGCAGAAAAUUAAGAAAGCCAGUUUGGCACGCAUCUUCUGUGACAAUAGUGAUGGGACAGUCUUGAGCGUCCAGCCCAAUGCUUUCAUGCAUUGCGGUUGCUUCUGCAACGAAUCCUAG